GGUCUCUGCACCCUGGGAGCACUGCCUGAACAUCACGGAGACGAGGACCUGCUGCAAAUGGCACUCCCAGCCACGCUGCGAGGCAGGAUGCUGCUCACCUUCCUGGUGGUCCUUGGGGCACCAACGAGAGCCCAGAAGAGACCAAGCCGUGAGUGGCUCCCGCCAGCCCCCCGAGCUGUGGAUGGAGAGAAGCUGAUGAGACAGGAAACCGCCAGCGAUAACAAGAUGCUGCCAGGUCUCUCCAAAAUGAGGAGGGGUGACGAUGGCUCUGGGGCAGGGUCUCAUCUGGACAAAGCUGCCCUGCCACUGCUAGCGGGAUCAGAAAGACAAGCACUGCCCUGGCUGAUCAGCCCAGCCACCAAAAGAGCUGCUCCCAGGAAAAAGGGGAGGAAGGUGUCCCUGUCACUCGAUGUCCACACUCACUUACUGAAAAUCCUGCUCGACCUGGCCAGAGAGAAGGAACUGCAGGCCAAGGCAGCUGCCAAUGCCGAGCUGAUGGCCCGCCUCGGGCGCAGGAGAUAAACUCCUGGCUGGGCUAUAGCAGGGCUGGAGAGGGCAGCGGGGCUGCCUGGGGCACAGGCAGAGGGAAGCGUGGAGUGGUAUUAGUGUGUCUGCAGGGGACUGUGGCCAGGGCACCUCAUCCGCCCAGUCCCAGUGCCCAUGACACAAGCAGCAGCCAUAGGAGGAUUUGGUUUAAUAACUAUCACCUCUGCACCACUGGAGA